AUGUGCCAGGCUGACCUGGUUGGCCUGGUUGACCUGGUUGAUCUGGGUAUCCCGACUGUCCUGGUUGUCCUUGCGUUCCUGGUUGCCCUUGUUGUCCUGGUGUGCCUGGCUUUCCUGCUGUGCCUGGCUGUCCUGGUUGGCCAGGCUGUCCUGGUUGGCCUGGUUGUCCUGGUGUUCCUGGUUUGCCUGGCUGUCCAGGCUGCCCAGGUUGCCCUGGUUGACCUGGGUAUCCUGACGGUCCUGGUUGUCCUUGUGGUCCCGGUUGCCCUUGUGGCCCUGGGUAGCUGGGUUGACUGGGGUAGCCGGGCUGUCCUGCUGUGCCUGGCUGUCCUGGUUGUCCUUGCGGUCCCGGUUGUCCUGGUGUGCCUGGCUGUCCUGGUGUGCCUGGCUGUCCUGGUUGGCCAGGUUGCCCUGGUGUGCCUGGUUGACCUUGCGAUCCCGGUUGCCCUUGUGGACCUGGGUAGCUGGGUUGAAUUGGGUAGCCGGGCUGUCCUGCUGUGCCUGGCUGUCCUGGUUGGCCAGGCUCUCCUGGAAUGCCUGGUUGUCCUGGUGUUCCUGGUUUCCCUGGCUGUCCAGGCUGCCCAGGUUGCCCUGGCUGUCCAGGCUGCCCAGGGUAGCCGGGCUGUCCUGCUGUGCCUGGCUGUCCUGGUUGGCCAGCCAGUCCUGGUGUGCCUGGUUGUCCUGGUGUUCCUGGUUUGCCUGGCUGUCCAGGCUGCCCAGGUUGCCCUGGUUGACCUGUGUUUGACGGUCCUGGUUGUCCUUGUGGUCCCGGUUGCCCUUGUGGCCCUGGGUAGCUGGGUUGACUGGGGUAGCCGGGCUGUCCUGCUGUGCCUGGCUGUCCUGGUUGUCCUUGCGGUCCCGGUUGCCCUUGUGGCCCUGGGUAGCUGGGUUGACUGGGGUAGCCGGGCUGUCCUGCUGUGCCUGGCUGUUCUGGUUGUCCUUGCGGUCCCGGUUGUCCUUGUGUGCCUGGUUGUCCUGGUGUUCCUGGUUUGCCUGGCUGUCCAGGCUGCCCAGGUUGCCCUGGUUGACUUGGGUAUCCCGACUGUCCUGGUUGUCCUUGCGGUCCCGGUUGACCUUGUGGACCUGGGUAACUGGGUUGAC